CCUCUCGGGAGUUGUAGUUCUUGGGGCUCGGCUGGGACGCAGGGAAGGACCAUUGGUCCAAAGCCAGGAGCGGCAGUUGUGUUUGGUCCUGGUCGUUGGCACCAUGUCCCGCGUGUCGGUGCCCUGCCAUGUGAAAGGCACUGUGGCCCUGCAGGUGGGGGACGUGCGGACCUCCCAAGGCCGGCCUGGCGUGCUGGUCAUCGAUGUCACCUUCCCCAGCGUCGCGCCCUUCGAGUUGCAGGAGAUCAUGUUUAAGAAUUACUACACGGCCUUUCUGACCAUCCGUGUUCGCCAGCACACCUCGACACACACUCCGGCCAAGUGGGUGACCUGCCUGCGGGACUAUUGCCUGAUGCCCGACCCGCACAGUGAGGAGGGAGCCCAGGAGUAUGUAUCGCUGUUCAAGCACCAGAUGCUAUGUGACAUGGCCAGAGUACUGGAGCUGCGUUUGAUUCUGCGACAGCCAUCGCCGCUGUGGUCAUCUUUCACGGUAGAGGAGCUGCAGAUCUACCAGCAGGGACCAAAGAGCCCUUCCAUGACCUUCCCCAAGUGGCUCUCCCACCCAAUGCCUUGUGAGCAGCCUGCUCCCCUUCUUGAGGGUCUCCCAGACCCCAGCAGGGUAUCCUCCGAAGCACAGCAGAUGUGGGCACUGACAGAGAUGAUCCGGGCCAGUCACACCUCCACAAGGAUCGGCCGUUUUGAUGUCGAUGGCUGUUAUGACCUGAACUUGCUCUCCUAUACUUGAGCCGUGGCUCCCAGUCAAGACGUUAACCUUUUGUGCCCGCGCGGGCCCAGUUUGGGCCAUCAAGGGCCAAAGCAUUUUCCAUGUGUGUUCCAAGUGUUGCCUGCAUGCCUAUUCUGUCUGGGCCACAUUCAGAGAUUCAAGAUUUUUGGAGCUCACUUUGUUGCUUCAGCAUGAGCUCCUGGAGGUGGUGCACUUUGUCCUCACCUGACUGCAACCUGAUAUUCCUUCUUUUCCCUCCCUAAACACACUCCAGUUCUAUUGCUCAGAAUCUCCCUGUACCCUCUAUCCCUCCUGGGACAUUCCUGUCCAACAUGAUUCCUGUCUUCUGCCUGUUCCCCGAUCCUGACUGUAGUGGGCCGGAAUAAUCUACUAGAACAUGCUUUGUCUAGCCUUGGAAGACUGCUGUAGCCUGGCCCUUGCAUUUGGGAGUUUGAGGAACAAGAGCCCUAUUUCUGCCUUCUGCAA